AUGCUGCUGCAAUGGCAAUCAUAUGAGAAUAUUUUAAGGGCCCUUAUUUCAGCAGAUUCCUUACAAACACGAGGCAGAAAACGUCAGCACAAGGCUGCAAGCACCGAGGGCACGUAUCAUAUUCCCACGCCAUCUUUUCCCAACACAAGGCUGCAAGCACCGAGGGCCCGUAUCAUAUUCCCACGACCUCUUUUCCCAACACAAGGCUGCAAGCACCGAGGGCCCGUAUCAUAUUCCCACGCCCUCUUUUCACAGCACAAGGCUGCAAGCACUGAGGUCCCGUAUCAUAUUCCCACGCCCUCUUUUCCCAGCACAAGGCUGCAAGCACCGAGGGCACGUAUCAUAUUCCCACGCCAUCUUUUCCCAACACAAGGCUGCAAGCACCGAGGGCCCGUAUCAUAUUCCCACGCCCUCUUUUCCCAACACAAGGCUGCAAGCACCGAGGGCCCGUAUCAUAUUCCCACGCCCUCUUUUCACAGCACAAGGCUGCAAGCACUGAGGUCCCGUAUCAUAUUCCCACGCCCUCUUUUCCAGCACAAGGCUGCAAGCACCGAGGGCCCGUAUCAUAUUCCAACGACCUCUUUUCCCAGCACAAGGCUCACAAGACUGCAAGCACCGAGGGCCCGUAUCAUAUCCCCACGCCCCCUUUUCACAGCACAAGGCUGCAAGCACCGAGGGCCCGUAUCAUAUUCCCACGCCCUCUCUUCCCAACACAAGGCUGCAAGCACCGAGGGACCGUAUCAUAUUCCAACGCCCUCUCUUCCCAGCACAAGGCUGCAAGCACCGAGGGCCCGUAUCAUAUUCCCACGCCCUCUGUUUCCAGCACAAGGCUGCAAGCACCGAGGGCCCGUAUCAUAUUCCCACGCCCUCUUUUCCCAGCACAAGGCUGCAAGCACCGAAGGCCCGUAUCAUAUUCCCACGACCUCUUUUUCCAGCACAAGGCUGCAAGCACCGAGGGCCCGUAUCAUAUUUCCACGACCUCUUUUUCCAGCACAAGGCUGCAAGCACCGAGGGCCCGUAUCAUAUUCCCACGCCCUCUUUUCACAGCACAAGGCUGCAAGCACCGAGGGGCCGUAUCAUAUUCCACGGCCUCUUUUCCCAACACAAGGCUGCAAGCACCGAGGGACCGUAUCAUAUUCCCACGACCUCUUUUCCCCAACACAAGGCUGCAAGCACCGAGGGUCCGUAUCAUAUUCCCACGACCUCUUUUCCCAGCACAAGGCUGCAAGCACCGAGGGCCCGUAUCAUAUUCCCACGCACUCUUUUCCCAACACUAGGCUGCAAGCACCGAGGGCACGUAUCAUAUUCCCACGCCCUCUUUUCCCAGCACAAGGCAGCAAGCACCGAGGGACCGUAUCAUAUUCCCACGCCCUCAUUUCCCAGCACAAGGCUGCAAGCACCGAGGCACCGUAUCAUAUUCCCACGCCCUCUUUUCCCAGCACAAGGCUGAAAGCACCGAGCACAAGGCUGCAAGCACCGAGGGGCCGUAUCAUAUUCCCACGACCUCUUUUCCCAACACAAGGCUGCAAGCACCGAGGGACCGUAUCAUAUUCCCACGGCCUCUUUUCCCAGCACAAGGCUGCAAGCACCGAGGGCCCGUAUCAUAUUCCCACGCACUCUUUUCCCAACACUAGGCUGCAAGCACCGAGGGCACGUAUCAUAUUCCCACGCACUCUUUUCCCAGCACAAGGCUGCAAGCACCGAGGGACCGUAUCUUAUUCCCACGCCCUCAUUUCCCAGCACAAGGCUGCAAGCACCGAGGCACCGUAUCAUAUUCCCACGCCCUCUUUUCCCAGCACAAGGCUGCAACCACCGAGGUCCCGUAUCAUAUUCCCACGCCCUCUUUUCCCAGCACAAGGCUGCAAGCACCGAGGGCCCGUAUCAUAUUCCCACGACCUCUUUUCCCAGCACAAGGCUGCAAGCACCGAGGGCCCGUAUCAUAUUCCCACGACCUCUUUUCCCAGCACAAGGCUGCAAGCACCGAGGGACCGUAUCAUAUUCCCACGCCCUCUUUUCCCAGCACAAGACUGCAAGAACCGAGGGCCCGUAUCAUAUUCCCACGACCUCUUUUCCCAGCACAAGACUGCAAGCACCGAGGGCCCGUAUCAUAUUCUCACGCACUCUUUUCCCAACACUAGGCUGCAAGCACCGAGGGCACGUAUCAUAUUCCCACGCCCUCUUUUCCCAGCACAAGGCUGCAAGCACCGAGGGACCGUAUCAUACUCCCACGCCCUCUUUUCCCAGCACAAGGCUGCAAGCACCGAGGCACCGUAUCAUAUUCCCACGCCCUCUUUUUCCAGCACAAGGCUGCAAGCACCGAGGGCCCGUAUCAUAUUCCCACGCCCUUUUUCCCAGCACAAGGCUGCAAGCACCGAGGGCCCGUAUCAUAUUCCCGCGCCCUCUUUUCCCAGCACAAGGCUGCAAGCACCGAGGGCCCGUAUCAUAUUCCCACACCUUUUUUUUCCAGCACAAGGCUGCAAGCACCGAGGGCGCGUAUCAUAUUCCCACGCCAUCUUUUCCCAGCACAAGGCUGCAAGCACCGAGGGACCGUAUCAUAUUCCCACGCCCUCUUUUCCCAGCACAAGGCUGCAAGCACCGAGAGCCCGUAUCAUAUUCCCACGCCCUCUUUUCCCAGCACAAGGCUACAAGCACCGAUGGCCCGUAUCAUAUUCCCACGCCCUCUUUUCCCAGCACAAGGCUGCAAGCACCGAGGGACCGUAUAAUAUUCCCACGCCCUCUUUUCCCAACACAAGGCUGCAAACAGAUAAUAUUGCGAUUCUUCCUGUAGUAAGUGAAUAUUUUAAAGGCCCUAUGUCUUAUUCCUUGAGCCUCCUUAUGAAGCACAAAGGCUAG